AUGUUCAAUCGUCCGGGUGGUGGGCUGUUUGCACGCAGACGUCUCGUCGCCGUGGCCGACGCAUGGCUGGUCCGACGUGUGGAGGAGUUUGACCUCAGCCAGGCCGUCGGUGUCGGCGGGCUGACGGCAGCCGCCGGAAUCGCGAUUCGCUCUGCCAGCUGCCAGCAGCCUCGACACGUGCUCAAACAAUGCGAGAACUUGGUUGCGCCGCUUAGUGGCGGCGCUGCUUUAGAGGAAGCGGCAGCGUGGGAGGCAAAGCAGAUGGAGGCGGCGCGGCAUGCCAAGGAGCUGCUGCUGGCGGAGGUUGAGCGGCUAAGUGCAGCAAGGGCCAAGAGCAAGAAGGGCAAGAAGAAGAAGAAGAAUGUGGACGUGGGCGAUACGGGCGCCGCUAGGCUCAACGAGGAGAUGCUGUGCAGUUAG